GUGCAACUGAACACCAUCAAUCUGGUCCUGGAACAACAACAAAUACUCAUAGGCGGGCAAGAUGUUGGUGAAGUGGAUUCUGAGUAGUGUUUUUUUACGAACUUUUUUUUGCUACGACGAUUUGAUACACAAGUAGUCGCGGACAAGAACCCCCGUUUCCGCUCGUCCCGGCACGAAGAACUACAUCAGACAGUCUGCGACCCCCACGACCUGACGGCGGAGAUUUUUUGAAAUACCAACCGCAGCCUAGCAAUUAACAUUACUAUCGGACCACUGCUUCAAUAUCAUCCCAACAAGAUCGACGGCACCAGCCUCACGGCCUCGCAAAUAACUUCCGCCACUUUCCCCGGCUGGAAUAAAUUACUGCCCAGUUCUUGUUCCGCAAUGCAACGCCACCAUCAACCUUCAGAGCUGGAAAACACCAUGAGUCAAUUCCGAUGACCGAUCUUCCGUCGUCAAGUAGUUCACGCAACGGCCGCCCGGCAACAGAGGAGGGGCAUCAAGAUGACAGCGCCGGCUCGUCGUCUUCUAGUAGAUCAUCGGAGCUGCAGCAGGAGCAUCCAUUUGCUCCGGCGGUGUUAAGAACGGGCACGAGUCCGUCCGCAUCCUCGUCUUCCAGUAACUGGAGAGCACGAGGACAGCUUGUAGUUGACGGCGAAGAUGCCGCUGCUGCGCUUACUAGAAGUGAGCGAGGCGCUGGCACACAAGAAGUGGAUCGCGAAGUGUCUUCCUCAGGAGACGAGGAGGAGUUUGCAGCAGGGCGGAAAAAGAGAUCAAGAAACAGAAUAAGGAUGCAGCUGCUUCGCGAAGGCGUGCACACUGCGGCGGAAGAGGAGGAAGAGGUAAUUGAACCUAUUUUUACGUAAAUCUUAAUCUACUUUCUGCGUACGCGUCCAGCUGUUUGGAUGCAUAUUUUUUCUGUCCUCGCGUGUAGCUAGUAGUAGCACUAGACUAGCAAGUUCCACCAGAUAGAUAUGUGACUGAAUGGUUUAUUAGUACGAUAAAACGUCGCAGGAAAUCGUGUCUUGUUGAACCUCCGUCGUCAAAAAACUCCCACAGGUACAGGAUGACGCCCUCGGCAACCCGAUAAAUUCGUAUGCGGAGGAGGUGGAGCUCACCCUUCCCUCCCCGUCCAUCGAGAAUGCGGACGAAAGUCCAAAGCCGCCGCCUCUUUCCCCGGACGGGGUAGGCGGCGACUCCCCGAGUAUACCUCCCAGAAGAAAGAGCGUGUCCUCUGCGGCGAGCGACCAGAUGCGGAGUUUCGCGGAAUCGAGCAGGAAGUCGAUAGCCAUGAACUUCACGCGGAAAAAGAAGUACGGAGACGACCUCAUCGAGUGGAGUUUGAACGUGUUUCACCUCCAGGGGAGCUUUCGCCAAAGGUGUCUGUACACCGUGGAGACGCCGAUUUUUGACAAAGUCAUUCUCGCCUUAAUUCUCCUCAACUCCGCGGCAAUGGCCGCCUACAGACACCGAGAAGUGCACAACAAGCCGAUGAGUCAUAAGGAAUGCGUCAAGGACCCAACGACCUACGGCUGCGGGCGGGACGAGGACAGUUUGAACAAGUUGAUUGACAUCGCCGAUCCGGUCUUCUUGUGCAUCUUCAUUCUGGAAUGCGGGCUGAAAAUCAUCUCUUACGGGCUUAUUCAGGGGAAGAAGACCUACCUCAGGGACAGUUGGAACUGGCUCGAUUUCAUUGUCGUUUUGACAGGUAUAGUGCGUUAUUGCACGAUCAUUUGUAGUUGUUGUCGUCUAUCUUCUUCAGUGGUGCAGACAGCCUGUUUUUAGCAGUGGCGCGUCGAUCGUCCGGUUCGUUCCGGAGGUCCCGAAGAUCGUGUCAAUAUUUUGGACCUCGCAAUCCAAAAAAGAGUUAGCCGUGCUAUCUGUGGAUGAUUUGUAUCGUCACUAUCUGUCAGCGUCAGGACCCUCAGUCACGCUCACUGAAAACUAAACUUUCAGGUAUCAUCACCUUCGUGCUCGAAACCACGGGAGGCGAUGAUGGAGAGUCGAACGCGGGUUCAACCAUCAAGAUGCUCCGCGUGUUUCGCGUGAUGCGUCCGCUGCGAUCGCUGACCACGUUGCCAGAACUCAAAGUGCUAGUGAACACAGUGCUGCAGUCGAUUCCCAGGCUCGGAUCCGUGCUCUCCAUGACGCUCUUCCUGCUCGUCAUAUUUGGUACUUACGGUUUUUCUUUAUGUCACUUUAACUUUUUCUUUAUCCGAUACUGUGCACAACAGAAAACAUAAAAAUUAUGAAAAGAGCAAAACGAAAACUAUUGCCUGAUGUUGUAGUCAUGGAACACAUCACGAUCUCCCCAUUUACAACAAUCCAGGUAUCCUCGGACUCAAUCUGUGGAUGGGCGUGUUUGAACGGCGCUGCCGUACCGCCGCGGACGUAGUCUGGAUAACGCAGCCCGAAGCCGGUUGCCCCUUCGACGACCCUACCAAUGAGCCGGGGCGUUGGAAGUGGCCAUUAGCCACGAACGACGACGGCCCGCUGGGCCGACCCUGCGGGGGCCGGUACAUGUGCGAAGACACGGUGUACUACAGCUACUUCGGCGAGAAGGUUUGCGGGUCGAGCUCCGUAUUCGACUUGGAGGAGGAUUUUCAGCCAUCAUACCCUGGCUCGGUCAUCACAAAACAGGGCAUCCAAAAGACCUUUAAGGACAAGUACGACGCCGCAAAAUUCGGGAAGUGGUGCCAGAACUCCCUUCUCGAGUCGGACGACUACAAAAAGUCCAACGACGGCAAUUUCGGCUACGGCAUCACGAACUUCAACAACUUUCUGAACUCCGUGAUCGUCAUAUUCCAGUGCAUCACGCUGGAAGGGUGGACAGACAUCAUGUACAUGGGCCAGGACGCACACAGCAACGACUUCGCCUUCAUCUACUUCCUGUUCCUUGUGGUAAGCUGUUGUACACGAAUUCAUGUUGAAUCGUUAGCUGCAAGAGUCUUUCUGAUGUACUAGUUCAGUUCGGUGUUUUCAUCGUUUGUUGAAUUUCUAUUCAGAAGAUUGGUCCCAAGCACGAUACAUAGUUCGAAAGUUUGAUAUUCAGACAAGAACCAACCCGUUAAACAAAACACAACCCCAGAUCACCGGUUCCUUUUUCCUGCUCAACGUCGCUCUUGCCGUCGUGUGGGACGCGUUCCAGGAACUCAGUAGCGAAGCCCAGCUAGACGACGAUCUGGAUGAGCAGAUGGAAGCGGCGCUCGGUAACGACGAGGAUGACCAGGGUGGCGAAGACUCUGCCGCCGCCGCCACUGCUGCGGAUGGGAAGGUUGCCCCCGAAGACCAGGCCGUCGACCCGAAUACGGGGGAAAGACCGGCGCGGCAGAAGAGACGAAUAAGGAGCAGCGCGCUGCUGAUUUACGAGGACGAAAAGAAGUCGCAGUUCUUCUUCGAUCUGGCGUCGACUUGGCAGUUCCAGAACUUUAUCAUGGCCUGUAUCAUCCUGAACAUCAUCAUCAUGAUGAUGGACAGCUAUCCGCCGAUAAAACCACCACUGAGUACAGAUUUUUUUGCUUCUGCUUCAUCAAGAUUACUUUUCUUAUUCUUUCACAUUAUCUUCAUGGGGACGCGUCAACCAUUUACAAUUACAAUGAGGACAUACAUAGUGAGUACUGUUCCAAAUACAGACUCAUGUACUUGUUCCAGAUUGUUCAGCAAAGAAAUCGCUUGAUGAAACACUACAACUCAACUCACAUCAGACGGCGUGCUGGACAUAAUGGACACGGUCUUCUCUAUUAUCUUCGGGAUUGAGAUGUGCAUCGUCCUGCUCGCGAUCGGUCCCUGGAACUACCUGAAGGAGAGGUGGCACCUCCUCGAUGGUGUCAUCGUCGUGGUCUCUCUGAUCGAGCUCGCGGAGAAGCUUUCCGGCGGCGCCCAGGGUGGCGGUGCGCUGAAGUCGUUGCGAUUGCUGCGUAUCAUCAAGUUGGCGAAGAAGUGGUCGUCUUUCCGCUUGUUGCUGCAAGCGGUGAUUCACACAGUGAUGUCGAUGGGCAACUUCACGAUCCUGCUGGUCCUGAUGAUGUUCGUCUUCGCCCUGAUGGGCAGCUUGAUUUUCGCGAACAAGUUCAAGUUCGACCCAGACACCGACGAACCGGUCGCCGAGGACAAGCCCUGCCCCGGUGGUAAGGGCGACGCAGAUUUCAGUUGUGUCAGAAGAGCGCACUUCGACUACUUCCUGUGGUCCAUCGUAACCGUUUUCCAAUGCCUCACCGGUGAGAACUGGAACGCAGUGAUGUACGACGGCAUGCGCGGAGCCGGGUACCAUUUUUCGUUUUGUUUGAUACUUGAGGUUGUGCUUGUGGUAGAUGCCGAUGUCUUCAUGGGGUCGCGUUGUUUUUGCUUGCUGUCAUGAUGCAAUUGCAUGGACACAAUCGCUAGCGCUGUGGAUAAAAGAAUCUCGAAUCAUUAAAACUGACUCAACCUCUCAGGUUUGCCUACUUCCUCUUUUUCUUCGCGAUGGUGGUUCUGGGUAUGUGCAUCAUUUUCAACCUGUUUUUGGCGAUCUUGAUGGCGAAUUUUCAAGACGCGUCUGACGCGAUCAGGGAAGCUGAGGACGCCCGACGGGAGCGGGAACUGCUUGGCGACGCCUACCUGGAGGACGAGGAAGAGGGGGAAAACGGCGAAGGCGAAAACGGCGACGUAAACGACGACCGACCACAAUCCCCGGGUGGCGGCAGCAUCGUCGAGGGCGACGAAAUGGAGACGAAUAGCAAGAGCAAUGAAAAGAUCGGCGGCUUCGUCGGGGCGUACAUCGAGCGAGGCGAGAAAAAGCGGGGCAUUACGAAAGUGGACACGGUCUACAUGAACAAAGGAGGUUCUCCUACGGACAACGAGAAGCCGGCCGACACAGCAACUCCCGACGCUGGUGCCGAAAACGCUGCCCAGCCCGAGGGGCUAUCACCCUUCUCGGGCGUUACCAGUGGCGUCGACUCACAGGUAUCUUGUGCGAUCUUAGUCUGAUAAUGUCUGAUGUCUCUCUGCGGAUGCUGCUGUCCAGCUACGCCUCGUGCGGGGGGCGAUUUUGCAUACUUAGUGCCAGACGUUGAGACGAGGCGGAGAUACGUUUGCAGUUUGAUUCCAUUUGUUUCAAAAUUAGAAUCAAAGUCUAUCUAAAGCUAAAUCCACCACACAGGGCCGUCCAAUCAAGAGACGAGGUAAAGGCAGACGACAAGUCGACCGUGGUAAGGGUGUCUACAAGGACAUUACCCCGAACACCGGCGCGUUUGUUAGGAACUGCAUCUUGAUUUGCCAGCACAACUGGUUCGAAAACUUCAUUCUCGUCAUGAUCAUUGUGUCCUCCCUCUGCAUGGCUUUCGACGACCCAGUGCUCUACCCUGACCACCCCAUGCAGCUCGGACUCACCUACCUCAAUGUCUACUUUACCGUGAUCUUCUUCGCGGAAAUGACCAUGAAGCACGUGGCCAUGGGCGUGCGAAAUUAUUGGAGCAACGGCUGGAACAUCCUCGAUGGUGCAGUGGUGUGGGUGUCCGUAAUCGAUUUGAUCUUCUGGAUCAUCGCCGAGACCGGGGCGGGGAGCGGCGCCGGCGGGGACAUCUCGUUUCUGAAAACCCUACGUAUUCUCCGCGCCCUCCGUCCCCUACGCGUGAUCGCGCGAAACCCGAAUUUGAAGCUCGUGGUGAACACGAUCUUCGCCUCCUUGCCACAGCUCCGAACCUUGAUGGUGCUCAUGAUGCUGUUCUUCCUGAUCGUCGGUCUCGUGGCGUUGAACUACUUGAAGGGCGCCUUCUCCAUGUGCACCGGAACGUCCCUGGCGAGUGGCGAGUAUAGAACUUUAAGUUUAUUCACUUGCUCUGACACAUUUUCAUGAUUUCUUUGAUAAAAAUGAGACUGAAAGUGGAUGUGAUGUUUUGACAAACCUUAAGCCCAACGCAACACCAAUGCGACAUCAAGAGCAGAUAAUCAAACUUCGCCAAAUCAUCGCUACUACAGCUUCAACGUCCUCGACGCGCGUAGAGACGUCUACGAGGCCGGAGGUCACGUGCCAACGGCCCAGAUGUGCGAAUACGAUUGCAGCACGGCAGAGCAAUGCUCCCAGGGCGUUCGACUCAUAAAAGCUGGCUCAGCUGGCCAGCUCGGCGGAACCUGCCCAACGGGAAGUCCCGCCUACAAGCGCAUGCGACCGGACCACCCCAUCUGCAUCGCGAAAUGCCCUUUGGAUGAGACGGGAGAUGGCGUCUGCGGAAACUACCCAGCACUGGUCAAGCCGACGAAGGAGGAGAACGGCGUGACAACCAGCGACUUGCCCAACAGGUGUAACAUUCCGGGGGUCGGCUCUACCGCCGCGGCGCCGAUUGUGAAGCCGGAGUUUGACGCGACGCACCCCAUGCCAAACUCCUGGAGGUCAGCACUGGAGUACAAUCUCAUGCAGUGCACCAAGUGCAAAGACAGGUAAAAGAUUCUUCUGCUUUAUUCAACCACGCGCAGUAGAAAUAUUAAACCUGAGAAGUAAAUCUUCGCAUCCCGUCCCAAGAGCAAUAAACUUCUUGUCGGAAUAAAACUAGCGAGGAGGUCUUGGGUGAAAAACGUGGUUUGUGAUCGCAAUCAGGUUGUUUGAAGAUUGUCAUUUUAUCCUACACUUACGCAUUUCCAAAAAAUUGAUGAAUUUGAAACGAACUUUCAGAUACUGCCCGGACACAAGUAUUUCGCAGCAGUGCAUCGAUUUUUGUGAGGAUGUGAAGCUGAUUGGGAGCUGCGCAGACAGUUGCACCGAUCCCUACGACUCCAGCAGCCCCGAGUGCGUAACGUGCCGCGCGGAGUGCGCUGCAGCCUGCUCCUGCGAGGACAACUGCGAGGCCAUGACGGAAGAUGCAGCCCUCUGUAUCGAGGAAGGGUCCACGCAAGCGGGUGCGGAAUACAAGUGGAUUCCCAGCAUAUCACAGAGCUUCGACAACAUUGGCUUCGCCAUGAUUACCUUGCUCGAGAUCAGUACAACAGAAGGAUGGGUUGACGUCAUGUACGCUGCAGUAGAUGCACGGGGAAUUCACCGAGAACCGGAGCGAGACGCAGUGGAAAUAUGGAGUAUUAGAUACUUUUUGUUUCUUUUUCAGUCAUUUUCAUUUUGAUCAUGGGGUAUGCAAAAUUUUGGUGUCGCUCUAGCGAUCGCAUGGCAACAGUAGAUAAUAUGGAGUUGCUACUUCUAGUUCUACAUCUACCGUAACAAUUCUCUUCUACCACAGGUCUGUUCUUCGUCUUCUUCAUGUUGGUCGGUUGUUUCCUGAUUCUGAACCUGUGUGUGGGUGUGAUCGUGGACAACUUUGCCGAAAUGAAGAAGGCCCAGGUGAACCCGGGCACCAGCCUGCUCGUGACCCCGGCACAGCAGAAGUGGAUCAACAGUCAGAAGAACUUGGCGACCCGGAGGAUGUUUUUGUCCUUGAAAAACCUGGAGUACUACGACAAGGACCGGAGAAACAUGUUCUUCUUCGUCAACGACGAUCGCUUCGAGGGCAUGAUCAUGAUCUGCAUCGUGUUGAAUGCGGUGAUCAUGGCCAUGAAGAUCUUCCCGGACGACCCCUCCGGCGGGGACUUCGACUGGCUCGCCUACGAAAUCGCGUUGGAUGUGGUAAAUUACAUCUUCGCCACCAUGUUCCUGGUCGAGGCGAUUUUGAAGAUCUACGCCUACAGGCUCUGGUACUUUUCCGACGGCUGGAACGUGUUUGAUUUCAGCUGCGUGUCUGCAACGCUGUUGGGCAUCAUUCUGGAGUUCGUCUUCCAGAUCAAGGUCGGAGCAUUAAUGAGCAGUAUCCGGCUCUUCAGGAUUGCAAGAUUACUGCGGUUGCUGCGGUUCGCGAAAGGUACUGUGUUAGAACACUGCUUAUGUAGUGUUUCUUGACUUACUUUUUAUGGAUUCUUCACGAAGCAGGACGAAGAAGCAAGUAGAGAAACAUCGCCUCUGACUGUAUCAGGCCGUUCUUGGCAUUGCUAAAUGGGAUCACUCUCAUCUCCUAGUAGUUUCAAUGUUUUCAUCAAAUACAAAUUCAAACCAUCAUUACACUACAGGUUUGAACAAGAUUUUCAACGCUUUUCUCCUGUCCAUCCCCAAACUUUUCAACGUCGCGUGCAUUCUGUUUCUGCUCAUGUUCCUUUACGCAGUGAUGGGGGUGCAGAUGUUUGGAAAAGUCCAGUUCGGCUCGACCCACGACGAGCGCGGGAACUUCCGCUCCUUCUACCGCGCCUUUAUGACGCUCGUUCGCGCGAUGACGGGUGAGGCCUGGAACGAGUUGAUGCACGACCUGGGCAGGACGGCGGACGAGUUUGGACGGUGGGACGGCAGUCCGUGCGUGGGGGACUUCGAUGUGCCCACGGAGGACGCAUACGAUUUGUUGAACGGCAAAUGCCUCAUCGACAACCCCAUCCAGUGCGGCGCGCCCGCGAUGAGCUACAUUUACUGGGUUACCUACACCAUGUUGAUCACCUUUGUCGUCUUCAACCUGGUGGUCGCGGUCAUUCUCGAAGGGUUCGAAGAUUCCACACAGAAGAACGAGGACGAAGUCGUGAAUCUCGCGAUCGACAACUGGAAAAGGUACGAUCCGGACUACAAACUGAAGCUGGACAAGGAGAACGCACAGAAAUUCAUCGACGAGCUGCAAUACGAAAUGAUGGACGCCGAGGAGAAGGAGCGAUCAAAGGACCUUGAACUCACCGACGCAGAAAAAGAGUUUCUGGAGCUGAAAACCAACAGCGACGGCAUGCUCUCCUUCGUGGGUGUCGUGCAGGGAGCGCUUAGACAGGUAAAGCGAUUGCUCUUCGUUGUCAUGGUGAUAGUGUUUUUUUAUCCGUUCAGUACAACUAGAGUGCAUUGUUACGAAUCAAGAUGAAGAACAAGAUCAGUUUCAAUGCGUUUUUCGAAAAAAAACACAACAGAUUAUGCUAUUUGUGGUGGAGACGCGCGAGGAGCGGGCGAAGCUUAUGGACGAGAUCAAGACGGUUGAAAUGAGCAUACAAGACCCGGCGGACCCGCGAGCCCAGCUUUCGUCCAAUAUUCUCGGCGCGUUGGGCUACGUGGCUGACACAGAGUACGUCCCCCCAGAACAGGAGCCCAGCACAAAAGAGCAGUCCUGAUCACAGUGCGCCACCAUUUAUUCUCCCCCGCAUUUGACAGAAGACCUCUCUACCAAAAACCCCUAAAAUUGCUAUGUGAAAAGCUGUCGUUUGAUAAGCUUAUGCUUACUAUAAUAGUAACCCCUUACAGAAUCAUUAUCAUAUCAGCUGACUCACUGAGGUGGGCUGAAAUGUAAGUUGUAAAAAUUUCUACCUGUUUCGUUUAUCAAUCUCUUUUAGCAGACCGGUCGUUGCCAUUCGAUAAAUGAAUCGUUCGGCAACAUGAUUCACGUGAAAUUAUUAUGGCAAAACUACAUCAGAAUUCAUUCCGUUUUUUUAUGGCUUAUCAAUACACAGUUUCUAUCGAGAACAAUAUUCGUCUCCAAAAGGUCGCGUGAGGUUGUUAAUCCGAUGGAGCGCAGGUCGUAAAGGUAGUACGUUUCCUUUAUGGUUUGUCGUUUUAUUCAGUUUUCCAUACCGAGCAACCUCCUUUUCGAACGAGUAUUUUUACUCUGGCGGACGAUGUCGAUGCGCAAGCGAGCUUGAGAUCACACACAGACAUCAGAUUUUACCUAUUGUAUGAAGCAGACUAUUCAUCGAAACACAAGCUAAGAAACACAAAGCUCGGCGAGAUGAGGAGCAUGGGUUGAGAGGAGCAAGAUGAACGCACUGUGAUAUGCCAAAUGAAUAAUCUCAAUCUAGUAGCUGUAGCUCUCAACAACAAAAAACAUGAUAAAAAAAAUGUACUGUAUCAAUAUGAGC